UUAACAACAGAAGGCUGAUCUGUGCAGGCUUAGUGAGUGUUUGGGUAAAGUGACAGGGCAGCUUUUACUUUACAGGACCAGGAAGACCAUGAUUCUUGAUCACCGCGCACCCAGCAAAAGCAGUUUCACUCCAACUUUUUUCCCGUCCUUAUUCUCUGCAUCUGUUUUAAUCAAAACCUGAAUGAAACAAGUUUACACACGUUUUCUGCAAGCAUAAAUACAUCUCGCUGACUGAAAUUAACUGCAUGCAUCAGGAAAAUAGCAUCCAGCUGACCCAGAAAACACUUCAACGCUUUUGGAGAGAAUGUGGCAGUUUUGUGUUGAAGUCAGGCUCGUUUGCGUUAACAUAUUUACACGCAUCUCACCAUAAACGGCGCUGCUGGUUCUUUUAUCCCACAUAAAAAAGAUGACAGAUUUGUAAAAUCGAGGGCAUUUUUGCCCCUCCGGUGUGAAUCAGAACCUCUGUUAUAAAACGUCUGUCAAGCCCACAGAAGCUACUUUACUUAGGGAGGUCAAAAGGGAGGAGGAGCAAGCAGACGCACAGGAGAGAUUGACUGCAGCGUGUUGUGGUUGAAUCGGUCAGCCGAGAAGCUGCUGCCUUGCUGCUGCUGCUGCUGGGAGAAUCCUUGGGCUUCUUGAGCGGCUCUGAAGGAUGACCGCCGCACGGCUCGCUGCUGAAUCCCGGUGAAUGAACAGCAUCUAAUGUCCAAACGGCGGAAGGAUGGCUCAUGGCAAAGUGACCAUCACGGUGGACGAGUACAGCUCCAACCCCACGCAGGCCUUCACUCAUUACAACAUCAACCAGAGCCGCUUCCAACCUCCACACGUCCACAUGGUGGACCCCAUUCCUUAUGACACUCCCAAGCCAGCAGGGCACACCAGGUUUGUGUGCGUUUCUGACACACACUCCCGUACAGAUGGCAUCCAGAUGCCCUACGGAGACGUGCUGCUCCACAUGGGCGACUUCACCGAGCUCGGCCUACCGUCUGAGGUGAAAAAGUUCAACGACUGGCUUGGUGGCCUCCCUUACGAGUUUAAGGUGGCAAUCGCUGGAAACCAUGAGCUCACCUUUGAUAAGGACUUUAUGGCGGAGCUGGUCAAGCAGGAUUACUACAGAUUCCCUUCAGUCUCCAAACUCAAACCUGAGGAUUUUGACAAUGUCCAGUCCCUCCUCACAAACUGUGUGUACCUGCAGGACUCAGACGUCACCAUAAAGGGAUUCCGGAUAUACGGAACGCCAUGGACUCCGUGGUUUAACGGCUGGGGGUUCAACCUGCCUCGGGGUCAGUCUCUGCUGGAUAAAUGGAACCUUGUCCCCGAGGGCAUCGACAUCCUGAUGACCCACGGACCUCCGCUCGGCUUCAGAGACUGGGUACCUAAAGAGCUGCAGCGGGUCGGCUGUGUGGAGCUGCUCAACACGGUUCAGAAGAGGGUGCGACCCAAACUUCAUGCCUUUGGAGGCAUACAUGAAGGGUACGGGAUCAUGACGGACGGCUACACAACCUUCAUCAACGCGUCAACCUGCACUGUCAGCUUCCAGCCCACCAACCCCCCCAUCGUUUUUGACCUGCCCAACCCCCCCAGCUCCUGAGACCAGAGGACUGUCAAGGGCUGGAUGGACAACGACUUUUCUAUAAAUAUUUCAACUUACAGAAAAAUUCUAAGUGUUUCUUUGCAAAAAAAAAUUUAAAAAAAAAACAAACUUUUUUGCUCUUCUCCAAGCUGUUGUUGAGAUGGAGAGGACAUUGUUGGGUGGGGUGGGGUGGGGGUUCACUAGGAGCAUUAAAGGAGAAUACCGGUGUUUUAUUUCUAAACCGUGCCAAGUUCUGAUUUCCUGCUCAGAUUCACUCUCAGGUGGAAAACAAAAUGAGAUAAUCCACCAACAAACGUGCUUUUAUUUGUAUUUUACUGAGCAGAGUUUAGUCUUCAUCUCACUCUCUGUUUCCUGUCAUCCUCAGGAAGGCAGCGAACUAGCUAAAAACACGAUGCCUUAGAGCAGAGCGCCAAACGAAAGUGACACAUGAACUCGCACAGAAGAACCGAUUACCUGAUCACAGAGAAACAAACCGCCACUAAUCCUUUGUGUCACGUUCACGUGUACGUGUUCCACGAAGCCGUGAACUCAGGCCGGCUGAGCCUGGCUGACGCCGGUAUUCUCCUUUUCUCUGGGAUUUUGUGGUUAAACAAUCUUGCUCUUGAUAAAUAUUGGUCAGAACUGUAAAAUAAAUGAUGCUUUGUUAAUUUGUACAAUUCCUUGACAUUUUGUUUGCGUUGGCCAGACAAUGGACACCAUUGUUUAACGUUGUGUCGUUUUUAAAAAUGUUCCUUUUGAUUUAUUGUGACUUCUUUUUUUAUUUUGGCUGACAGGGACGCUGCCUUAAACUAGCUUUAAUGUUCUCAGCUAGAGCUCCUCUCUGCAAGCUCAGAGAAAAGUCCUUAUUUAUUACCCACCAUCCCCGCAGAACAACACCGCACUGACGCAGGGACGGAUCGUUAUCAGUCACAGCCAAAAGUUUCGCUUUCGGUCAUCUCAUUAUGGAUUUCUCUUCUAAUUUGGAAAUGUAUGUAUAAAUAUAUAUAUAUUAUAUAUUCAUCUUAUAACACAUCUGUAGUAAAAGUUGUUUGACAAGAGAAAAAAGACAGGUGCAUUUUCUGUAUCUUUAUGCUCUCAUCAGAUGUUUCUUUAAUGUUUUCUGUAAUGGCUCUCCCUGUAGAAGUUCAUUUUGAAUGAGAGGAAAAUCUGUCGCUCACAAUCCCACAGGUGUUGAUUGUUCCUACAACACACCUGCCUAAACAUGGAGAAGAUGUCCUUUAAAGUGAUAGUAUUUGUUUUUUGUUGCUUUUUUCUAAUUUUGCACUGUGUGUAAAUGCAAUCUUGCUAGCACAAAAAAACGUUGCCAAUAGUCGUCUGAACUUGUCUUCGACAGCUGUAAAUGCUCUUUUCGUGCCCUGUUCCUCCUCCUCUGAUUGUAUCCCUUCUUCACGGAAACGUUAGUUCUCUUUUUCAGUUUAUUGUGAUAUAUUUAGCUGCCUUUAUAUGCAAAUAAAAUUGCAAGAUUUUUA